AAUAUUAAUGGCGUUACCGUAAAAUGCAAUGUGUACAGUGUAGUGUGUACUUGAUAUUUGAUGGUUCAUACUUCAUUAACGUUCGUCGUAAUAUAUUCUUCACGUCGUUUUUUGUGACACUCGUGUUUAAGAAAAUUGUUUGAUAUAUACCAAUUAUGGCAAAGUCUAAAAAUCACACAAACCACAACCAAAACCGUAAGGACCACCGAAAUGGUAUUAAAAGGCCUAAGAAGUAUAGACACGAAUCUCGUCGCGGAGUAUGCCAAAAGUUCUUGAGAAAUCAAAAGUAUGCUUUAAAGGGUAACCUGCCUACUGAAGAACAGAUUGCAAGGGCUAAUGAGCGAAGAGAAAAGAAAACAGCUUUAUUAGCGAAGUUUGCUGAAAUCAAGAGUAAGAAGGCUGCAUCCAAAAAAUGAUUUUGACCUUAAGAUUUCAUGACACCGGUGUAAUUUACAAACAAUUUUAUUAAACUUAAACAUCCAAAA